AUGGAAAAGCCAAUGAUUCCGCAAUUUGCUCUCCCGCUCAAGCCUUGCUGGAACUUUUUCUGGCAGACUUUCUGGCCUGGGAUGGGUUUGUUCGGUGAGUCCUAUUUACUCUUCAGCAUCGGAACGUUGCAGCCUUUUUGGAACAUUGUGUACCCGGAAUGCUUCACCAGCAGCAGCGACGACGACGAGACCGACGGCGCGAGUGUCUGUCGACCGCGGCUGCGGCAAUCCUUAACGUACUCUAUCGUCCUCGGUGUGAUCUCGGGUAUGCUAGUGAUUGGCUAUGCCGCUAAUGUUAUAGGACGUCGGAAAGGUUCCAUUCUCACGGCAUCUCUCAUGAGCGGCGCCUCCAUUGCGUUGACGCUUCUUUCUUACACGGCACUCUCGUCGCCAAACUUGUUUCGAUGCAUGAGCUGCGUGCUGUUUGUUUUUGGGGUUGGCGUCGGUGGCGAGUAUCCCCUGUCCGCCUCCUCGGCUUCGGAAAAGGCCAUGGAUUCCUCCAUCAAGUCCCCUCUGCCAACGUCCUCUCCCAACCGUGGACGGCAGGUCCAACUCGUGUUUACCAUGCAGGGGGUGGGGAUCUUUUGCAACUCACUUAUAAUCACUAUACUUAUCAUCGUCUUUGGCCAAACGGGUGACGCUAUCCGCGACACAAAUAACUAUGACGAUGAUGUUGGCAUCUCCUACAGCUACAAUCACAAUGCACUCCUCCGCAUUUGGCGGUGGACAUACACCCUUGGUGCUGUCGUGCUUACUUGUGUAUGGCUGUCCCGAAUACGGUUCCUCCCCGAAUCGACCGUCUGGAAACAAGACAAGGAUGACCUUGAAGAAUUGGCUCGCGACGCUCUUCGACAGCACCACCAGCAGCAGAUGGUAAGCACUAUCACCGGAUACACGACUUCGACCGCCCUUUUUCUGCGCAACUAUGGCGUCCGCCUGCUUGGAGCAAGUUUGUCUUGGAUGCUUUGGGAUAUUGCCUUUUACGGAAACAAACUCUUUCAGAGCUCAUUUUUGAUCGCUCUGACAGGACCCGACACAACUUUGCUAGAGUUUGCAUUGGCGGCCACCUUAAACGCGGCUGUGGCCUUGCUCGGGUACUUUGGUGCCGCGAUUUUGUUGGAUGUGGUUGGACGAAGGAAACUUCAGCAGUUCGGAUUCUUACUCACAGGAACUUUGUUUGUGGCCUGUGGAUUCUUGUACGAACAGCUAUCGUCCACCAUGUUGAUUGCGUUGUACUUGGGAUCUUCAUUUUUCGGACAGCUUGGUCCGAACGCCACAACAUUUUUGAUACCGGCCGAAAUUUUCCCGACGUCACAACGCACCAUGUGUCACGGAAUUGCCGCCGCUUCAGGAAAAUGCGGCGCCCUGCUUGCAGCCGUUCUCUUUCACUACGUCGGCGACGUUGAUAUGUUCCUCUUGAGCGGCUACGCUUCAUUUGUUGCAUGUGUCGUGACCUAUUGGACCAUUCCGGACACGGCUGGAUUGGAUUUGUACGAAAUUGAUCGGAAAUGGCGCAUGAUCUUGAAUGGGCGCAAGGGCGAAUAUGAAGGCCCAGCCAAUCACCCUGAGUUUCUCAGCUUGCACGAAUUGCACAAUCACAGCAUGCGGCAUCGCCAAAGGCAAUCUAGUGCGUAUGAUGGGACUGUGGUACUCGAAGGGCUGGAUUGA